AUGGAGAAUGUCCCUUAUUCUAAUGCCAUAGGUUUUGUAAUGUAUUCCAUGAUAUCCACCAGACCUGAUUUAGGAUAUGCAAUAUCACUAUUAAGCAGGUUCAUGUCAAAUCCUGGAAAUGAACAUUGGAAUGCUUUAAAAUGGUUAAUGAGAUACAUUAAUGGCACUGUUCAGAUUGGUUUAAUUUUCUGUAAAAGAUAUGCAUCACUUGAUCUGGUUGGUUAUGUAGAUGCAGAUGUUGCAGGUGAUCGAGACUCUAGGAAGUCCACAACUGCUUAUUACUUUACACUGGGAGGCAACUAUGUUAGCUGGAAAACACAGUUGCAACCUCUGGUUGCACUUUCCACUACUGAAGCAGAGUACAUAGCAGUUUCAAAUGCAUUCAAGGAAGCAACAUGGUUGCAAGGGAUUCUAAAAGAAGCUGAUCUGUUGAAUGACACAACAACAGUUUACUCUAACAGUCAGAGUGCCAUCCAUUUGAGUAAGAACCCAGUUUAUCACGAACGAACAAAACAUGUGGAUGUCAGGCAUCACUUCGUCAGAGACCUGAUUGCAAAGGGAGAAAUUAUUCUUUUAAAGGUGCCUACUGAAGAGAAUCCAGCGGACAUGGGAACCAAAGUGGUGACCACAGCCAAGUUUAAGCACUGCUUGAACUUGCUUCACAUCAGACAAACACUUUCUCUUAGAGCUGAGAAGAAAUAUAGGAUAACUUAUUGCACUAAAAAGGAGUCCAACAAUGGAAAAGAAGAAAGGAAAUAA